ACCCUUAUCUGACACCCUCUCUGACACCCCCUGGCUGUAGGAUGCACACCUCCAGCACCACGUGUAGUCUGGGUUCUUCUGACGAGAACACCGUGAGCCAGGCAGACGAUGGGUUAAAGACGGUCCACCUGGAGUUAACGGAGACCUGUCUGGACAUGAUGGCUCGAUACGUCUUCUCCAACUUCUCAGCGCUGCCCAAGAGGUCUCCUAUAGCAGAGUUCCUUCUUGCGGGGGGUCGCAGUAUGACCUGGCUGGUGGGUAACAAGCUGAUCACCAUAACGACCAGCGGUGGGGUCAGGAGCCAGGCCCUACUGGGGAUGGACAUGGCUGAGAGGCUGGGAGGAGGGGGAGAGAUGACCAGGUCAGACCCCUCCCUUCACACCCGUCAGACCAAAGAGGCUCCGGCCAAACUGGAGUCCCAGUCCAGUCAACAGCUCAACAGAGCCUCACGCAUCAGAGUACGAUCCAUGUCAGGUGGCCAUGCCCUCCGUGCAGGUCCAGCCCAGAGCCUCAGCCCCCUGGUCUCACCCUCUGAGGGGGAGAGCUGUGUGGUGUCCCCCUCUCUCCCCCUCCUCCUCCUCCGGCCCCUGUCUGAUGGCCUGAGCCCCCUCUCCUUCCCCCUGUGCCCCCCUAAGGACCCCCUCAAAGACAAGCCCAGCCUGGCAGAGUUCCUGCCCGUUCUGACCCAGGGAUGGGCCGAGAUCUUCAUACGCAGACCCUCAGGUAACACCAGCUGGUUGAUGUGUCUGGAGAACCCUCCCAGUCCCUUCUCCUCUGAGCUGGGUAACAUGCCUCUCCAGGAGCUGUCCUCUGUCCUCAUGGCCAUGGAGGGGGUCAAGGAGCCCCCCACUCAGACUGCCAGCGCCCCCGCCAGCACAGCCACCCCUGCCCCGACUCCCGUAGCCCUUAACCCCCCUGGACCCAUCCAAGGGGGCAAGCCUGGACUCAUUCAGCGCUCUAACACAGUGGGCUCUCUCUCCUCUCUGGGUCUGUCCUUCGCCCCGUCCCCAGUUCCGGUUCGGCUCCAACGGAGCAUUUCCUGGGCAGACUCUGUGGUAGUAUUAGAGGGGACAGGGGUCAGGGGCCACGUAGACUACCCCUCUGAUUGGCCAGAGGCGGAGAAGUUUGAGGCCAUGCCCUCUGAACCCAUCUACAUCGCUCCUGACAAGUUCACCAAGGCCCUGCCCCCUAGAACACUCAGCAGGUCCUCGUCCAGUUCCAGCCAGGAGGAUGAGAAGUCCACCCUGGAGGAGGUGAGUGAGGGUUCAUCCCCAUCGACCAGCCCCCUGGCCCCCUCCACCCCGGGCAGCCAAGGCCCAGAGCUCCCCUUCCAGAACCAGCCUCCCAGACCCUCAACAAGUCCAGCUCCUCCCCUGAGCUCCAGACCCUACCAGAGGCCUUCCCCAAGACCACAACAGGCCCCUCCGGAGGAGGAGAGGUACCCGGGGUUCGGUCACCUUCAGAGGGGAAGAGCCAGCCACAACAGCCCCCGGCGGAGAAAGAGAUAGAGAAGGUGGAGAGUGGAGGAGGAGGGGUGAACAGACAGAAUCAGAGUGGGGAUACCACCCCA